UAUCAACCAUACUGUGCGACGUUGUCUCGUAGAAUUAAAAUAUAAAUGUAUUUUAAUAUAAUAUAACAUAAAUAUAAGUUUAUUUUGUCCUGCAUAUAACUCAAUUAAACGCUCCUUAUUAAGUUAUCUCAAUUUCAAAUCUUCGCAAUCAGCCAACAUCCGUUCAAUACAAACAUUCCCGAAUAACUAACAACUCCCAGUGAAAGUCAAAAUUAAACAGGAUCAAAAAAUGUCUUCAACGACAAAGUUCAGCGAAGUAAAUAGCGAGAUUGUCAUAAAGACGAGAGAAAUGCACAGCGGUGGCGAACCUCUGCGCGUCAUCGAAUCAGGAUGGCCUGCUCCGCCGAAAUCUGCCAGGACACUUCUGGACAAGCGUCGCCACAUGAAAGAGCACAUGGACCAUCUUCGUAAGUUGGUCAUGUUCGAACCCAGAGGGCACAAGGACAUGUACGGAGCUUUGCUUGUAGAACCGGAUCACCCAGACGCUGAUCUGGCGGUCCUAUUCAUGCACAAUGAAGGUUACAGCACAAUGUGUGGACAUGCAAUCAUCGCACUUGGCCGAUACGUCGUUGACAACAAACUCAUCCCCGCUGGAAGAAUUGAAGAACCAGAAACGAAAGUGAACAUCCAAUGUCCUUGUGGUCUGGUGAGUGUGUGGGUGCAAGUCAAAAACGGUAAAACAGGCUCGGUGAGGUUCCACAGUGUGCCUGCGUUCCUCCACACAUCAGAUUUGACUCUUGAAAUUCCGGGCACUCAAUACAAACCGUCAGUUGACAUUGGAUACGGAGGAGCCUUCUACGCCGUUGUCAAGGACAGAGAUAUUGGCAUUGACCUCUCAACUUCGACAACCGAUCAGAUUGUAGAACGGGCAACAGCUGUAUCUAACGCGGUGAGGUCAAAGGUGAAACUCUGGCAUCCGGACAGUCCUGACCUGGCCUACUUGUAUGGAACCAUUGUUACUGACGGAAAUGAUGAUUUUGAAACCAACGAUACCACAACUAACUUGACCAUAUUUGCUGACAGAGAGGUGGACAGGGCUCCCACUGGAUCGGGAGUGACGGCACGCACUGCCAUCCAGUACGCUAAAGGACACAUCAAAACCGGCCAGGUCAAAAAGUUCAAAAGUUCAGCCAAUGGUAGCCUAUAUACUGGAUCAGUCGUGCGUGAAGUAGUAGAAUACUUUAAGCGUUGUAGUAAUAGUAGUAGCAAUAGCAUUGUAGAAGUAAGUGGUUGUGGUUAUUAUACAGGUUCUUCUGUGUUUACUGUCGAAGACGACGACGAUCUGAAAGAUGGGUUUUUAUUGAAAUAG